GGCAGUUGGACAAGCAACGAGGACGUUCUCUCUCACUUGCAAGUUCAUCGUGUGCGACAGCGACCAAGCCAGGUCAAUAAUAUGGCUACCCGGGUUUCCAUUCUGACUACGAGCGAGCUAGACAGACAUUCUAGCUUGGUCUCGUCUUCAGCCGCAUCUUUCGUAACCGCCCAGACUUCCCAGACUUCCCCGACGUCUACAAUCUGCCCGACUCCGAUUCUGACAGACAUGGAUCAUACUCACACACAGAUUCAUAUAGUGGAACUAACCCGGGACGCUGUGCACCUCCGCCCGCCCAAGCCUUUGCCUGUCAUCCCCCGCGAGGACUCAAUUCAGACAGUCGGUCCACCCCCGCCUUCACCCCCAGCAAGCGUAGACGAGCCGUCCCACUCCCCAGGUUCAAUCCGCUUUUCCAAAUCAGAACCGCUCCCGAAAGGCAUUACAACCGAGGAGACUGACGUCGAUGUAGAGCUAGAUACAGCAACCAUAAACAGUCAACGCACACGCACAUUUCACGACAGCCUCCAACGCGCAUCCACAGAGACAAAAUUCUCAGCCAGGGUCACUAGAAUCUCCCAGACUAGCAGCAACGCACCCACCGCAAGCUCCUCCAAGACCCAACAUCCAGACGGUCUCCUCCACCCACCAGCUCCCCGUCUCACACGCCGCAACACAACAGGCUCUGCUCGCCGUGUUCCUCCUCCAUCCAUUUACGUAGCAACAGGCGAAUUGGAGGAUGACAUCCAGAUACAAGCAGAGCAAAUUCGCCGCGAAAGAAAGCGAAAACAAGCUGCAGAAGUUGCAGCAGCAGCAGCUGUUCAAGUGUCUCAGAAACAAGACGAGCAUCCCUUGGUGGGCAACUUGAUAGGGGAGGACCACGCAAACUACGUCCUUAUGUACAACAUGCUCACCGGCAUUAGAAUAGCUGUCUCACGAUGCCAGGCAAAGAUCAAACGACCCCUGACCGACCAGGAUUUCACCGCGAGGCAUAAAUACUCUUUCGAUAUCGUCGGGAACGAACUGACUCCCUCUGCGAAAUACGAUUUUAAAUUCAAGGAUUAUGCCCCAUGGGUCUUCCGCGAGCUGCGCGAAGACCACUUCUCUCUAGACCCCGCAGACUACCUCCUCUCCCUAACCUCCAAAUACAUCCUCUCUGAACUAACCUCCCCAGGAAAGAGCGGCUCCUUCUUCUAUUUCUCCCGUGAUUACCGAUUCAUCAUCAAGACCAUCCGACACGCAGAGCACAAGUUCCUCCUCCGCAUUCUUCCGAAAUACUGGGAACACGUAAAAGCGAACCCGCAUACGCUACUCAGUCGGUUUUAUGGUCUUCAUCGUGUGAAGCUCCCUAGGGGACGAAAGAUCCAUUUCGUGAUCAUGAAUAAUUUGUUUCCGCCUCAUAAAGAUAUUCAUGAGACGUAUGAUCUCAAGGGGAGUACUGUCGGGCGUCUGCUCCCCCAACCGAAACUGGAGCAGAAUCCACGUGCUGUCCAAAAGGAUCUGAAUUGGAUUGAUAGUGAUAGGGUGUUGGAGCUUGGCCCGGAGAAGAGGGCGCUGUUGACAGAGCAGUUGAGGAGGGAUAGCGAGAUGUUGAGAGAUCUUGGGGUGAUGGAUUAUAGUCUGCUUGUUGGGCUUCAUUGGGGGAAUAGGGGGAAUAAGGAGAAUGUUAGAGGGACUACGUUGAAGGUGUUUGAACCCCCAGUCCCACCCAUCCGCCGAAAAACGACAAGAAAAGACGGACGGUCGCCUGAAGCGAUAGCUAUGCGCCGAAUCAUGCGCGCGUCUGAUCCACAUGAUUUAGGGAAUACGCUGGAUCUCCCAACUUCACCUUCACCCUCGAUGCACACCAUCCCGCCUUCUACGCCCAACACCCCCCGUGCGCGCCCUCGUUCCGGUGCAAGCAACGCAACGGUCACCGCUAGCACAAACGCACAACAGCUUCACCCCACCCAACAACCCCACGUCAUACAACCUCAAUUACAACCCGAACCUGUCCACCCCACGCAAGACCGCGAACACUUUCUUUUCUAUCAAGACGAAGGAGGGUUACAAGCAACAGACGAGGGGAACGCAGAGAUGGACGUGAUUUAUUAUCUGGGGAUUAUCGAUAUUUUGACGCCGUAUGGAGGGGUGAAGAAGUGUGAGCAUUUUUGGAAGGGAUUGAAAGCUGAUCGGCACAAAAUCAGCCCGGUACCGCCUGCUGAAUAUGCAGACCGCUUCUUUGGGUUUAUGAAAGCUAUCAUGCGGGGAGGAGGCGGUGGGGCGCGGUUCAAGCCUGAGUGAUGUCCUUCAUGUGACGGCUGAAUCCCGCGUGUAGAUGGGUGCUGCGUGUAGGCACUCAAUCGUUGUCACAUCACGUCACAUCACACGUCAACUGCUCAAACUCGUUUCUCUGCAUUUGCUUCAUCUGGGAAAUCUGUGGACAUUCGCGAUGCAUUGGAGUUUGUACGAUUUUGUCUUUCGGCCCCUGUUUCUCCUCCGUUUUAUGUUUCUAUUUCUUUCCUUCAUAGUUGCUCUAGCAUUUUUGACUACUCUUUAUUCGUCCUCAUGUUUCCCUCAUCCUCAUGACCUCGUUCAUUUCCGCAUGCUUUCCAUCACAUCC